CAGAAGAAGAAGAAGAGAAACCGCCCGCCACUCUUUACGAACAUCACUUCGUCUUCCUCGUCGCGCUAGGGUUUCCCGAUCGCUCGCUCGGUCGUCGGUGGUCGUAGCCAUGGCCGACGACGAGGCGCUGUCGAAGGACCUGCGCCUCGCGGAGGUGAAGCGGAGCGGCUUCCGCGACGCGGUGGAGCGCCUCCAGGAGCGGGCCUCCUCGCUCCUGCUGCUGUCGCUCCAGUGGAAGGACGUCGAGGACCACUACGAGGCCACGCAGGCCGAGCUCGAGCGGCGCGAGCGGGAGGUGCGCGCCGCGGAGGAGUCCGUCAGGGCGUGCUUCAGAGGGUUCGAGGUGCGGCUCGAGCAGAUUGAGAGGAGGGAGGGCGAGAUGGCGGCGAGGCGGGGGGCGGAGGCGGAGCGCAGGCUCGCGGAGGUCGAGAGGGGCGCGGAGGAGUUGGAGGCCGCGAGGAGGGCGAUGGAGGAGAGGCUCCGCGGGGUCGAGGCGAUGGAGAAGCGGUUCCAGGAGGCGAGUAGCGCGCUGGGCGCGAUGAUUGACGAGAGGGUGAAAGAGGUCGAAGAGAGAGAGAAGGGAAUCGAGUUGGAGAACGAGAAAUUGAGGGAGGGGUGGGAGGCGUUCGAGGCUAGCAGGAGUAAAUUGGAGGGGAAACUCAACGAAGUGCGGUUGAAAAGUGAGGAAUUCGAGGGUAGGAUCAAGAAUCUAGAGUUGAUGGAGAAGGAAUGCGAUGAGCGAGUCGAGCAGGCUCGGUUGAAGGAGAAGAGGUUGCAGGAGUGGUCUAAGGAGCUUGAGAUGCAGAAGAGAGAACUUGAAGCGAGAAUGAGAGAGGUCGAAUUGAAGGACAGCAGGGUAAAGGAAUUGUCUAAGGAACUUGACUUGAGGAGCAAGGAAUGUGAGGAACAGAAUAAUAAUACUGUUAGGCCUGCAAUAAAAAAAUCGAGCGAUGAAAUUCAUACGAAAGAACUGGCCAAAUCACCAGAUGCUGCUUGCUUGAAGACAAUAGUGGAUGGGAAGGACUUGCAAAUUUUCCUAAAUGAGCGCUGGACAGAAGGUGAAAAAUUAAGACAUGAAUUGUUGGCGAUGCUUAGAAAAUGUCCUAACCCAGCGAGACUUGUCCUGGAUGCAAUGGAAGGGUUUUACCCUCCGCAUUUGAAGAAGGGGAAUGUGGAAUUUGACGAGUGUGUUGUUAGGAGGAGCUGUAUUUUGCUGUUGGAGCAGCUGAUGAAGAUUUCUCCAAUUAUUACGCCUCGGGUAAAGAGUGAGGCGACGAAAUUGUCUUUCUCCUGGAUAACUAAAAUGAGAGCAGAUGCUGAAAAUUCCUUGGAAGUAUUGGGAUUCUUACAGCUUUUGGCUUCUUAUGGAUUGGCUUCAUCUUUCGAUACUGACGAGAUCUUACAUUACGUGGAGAAAAUUGCUCACUUUCGAAAUAUGCCCGAAUUAUGUCUGGCCCUGGGCCUUAAGGAUAAGAUUCGAGGUUUCCUUCGGAAUCUUGUGAAAGAGAAGAAACAUAAUCUGGCUGUAAGUUUUAUUUAUGCUCUCAAGAUGGAAGAUGAGUUUCCACCGGAACCGCUCUUGAAAGAAUACAUGAGAAUCUCCAAAAGUGCUGCUGGGGCAACUCUCCACAAUGGACAUAACUCUCCUGAAGCUCAGGAUCAGGCCAUGAAAAGAAGAGUUCCUGAUCUGAAAGCUGGAGGUAGAUCCGUUGAAGAUCACAAGAUCAGGUCAACAAUUUCACCUGAAAAUUUAAAGCAAGCCAUUACUUCUAUGGAGAAACAAAAUGGGGAGCAAAAAAAAGCAGCUGCAAUGAUCGGCAGCGUCGAAAUGAGAGAACUGGAUGGCAAACUACAUAGCCCUGUUAUAGUAGCUGCUUCUGUUCCAUCCUCUAUCCCUACCUCUGUGAAAACUACUUCUGCUAUCACCAGUGAGACUAUUGUCAAACCAGCACCAGAAACUUCAACCCCACUGCAGCAUAGAGGCAAGCAUCCACAAACAGCUGCAUUGGCAGAAGUUGGAUCGAAUCCUCUUGCUGGUGCCAGUUCUAAUGCUCAGUCAUCGCACAUCACGCAUAAAGAGGCAUCAUCUGAGAAUCUUUGCUCUAAGCCUACUGGUGAGAUUUUGCGAAAGAUACUCAGCAGGGAGGUGGAAUAUGAGUUGGUUCGUGAUGAAAUAUCUGCUUUGCUUCUGUCCUCAUCAGAUCCAGCAAGUCUUGUUCUCGACACACUGAAAUAUACUGAUCCAUUAAACUCAAGAGAUUUCAUUAGGUUAGGUAUCCCCGUUAAGCAUUGCAUUUUACUAUUGGAACAUUUAAAGGGAUUUUCACCUAUCAUCAGGCCUCAGUUAAGUCAGGAAGCAAAACAGUUUUGUACUGUUUGGAAACUAGAGUUGAAGGCGGGGAAUGAUGAUCAUAUGGAGACCAUAUGUUUUCUUCAGUUUCUGGCUGCCUUCAAAUUGGCUCCUCUAGUUGCUGCUAAUGAAGUUCUUAAACUCUUGGAUGCAUCAAAGUGGGCUCAACAGGUCCCUGAUUCUUGUGAAUCUCUGGGAUUAGCAGAGUUUUUACCUGGCUUUAUCAGAAAUCUUAUUGAAAAGAAGCAUUGGAUUGAUGCUAUUAAGUACAUUAAUGCACUGAAGAUGGAGGACAAGUUCCCUCUAGUGCCUCUUCUCACUGAUUAUUUGGCAUAUUGGGAGAAAAGAGCAGAUGAAAUAUCCAAGAAAAAAGACAGCUUGCCUAGCAGUCAGAUUGGGGCUAUUAACAAAAAGUUAAGUGCUACGAAAACUGCAAUGAAAUGGAUAGCAACAUACAGGCUAGAGUCGGAGUUCUCACACAAGGAUUUUGAAGCCUAUAUCAAACAGCUAGAAAAGCAAAAGGCUGAGAUCGAAGGUAAACUGACAGAAUCCAAAGCUGAUCGAUCUGCAGGAUCACAGAAUGUAUUGACGCAGCAGGACAAAAAGGAGGAAUCACCAGCACAAGCCACCUCUGAUCACGUUGCCACCUCAUGUGGUAAUGCCCCCUCAACGGUCACCACCUCGACUGCUCCAACUUCAGCCACCAGUUCAAGCCAUCAGCCACAAAAGAAGCGUGGAAAGAAGCGUAAGAGGAUAGCUCCACAACCACAAACUCCAAAGGAACCCCCCAAUGGUGGUCAUCGUUCGACGCAGUCCUACAAUAGGCACCCGAUCGAUACGCAUAGGUUGACAAGGGAGGGCCCAUACUCGGCGAGAUCGUCUGGAUACUAUGGGGUGCCAAACCCCCUGAAUGACUACCCUUUUAAACCAUACCCUUUCAGUGGUACUGAUCAUUACCAUGGGAGAACUUGUGCAGUGCCUCUCUGUGGUGGUCGGCCGGUACGUUUGGCUGGUCCAAGGGCUGCUUACAGUGGUCCUAGAUGGUAAGUUUUUCCGGUCUGGUCUCAUGAUCUCAUCCAUCAUGUAAAUUCAUUUUCUGCUCUUUAUUCAUCAGUCUAUUUAUGGUUUUAUGGACCCAAAGACAUGGAGAAGCAAGAGUUGGGCAAAACCCUUUGCGGAGCAAAAACAGUAGCUGUUUCAAGAACAUUCUUCUUUUUCACCAGGAUUAUAUCCUCUGUUCCGCUAUUCGUUCCAUAUUUUCUGUAUUGCUCUUUUGGCUGAACCACUUGCCCAAACGAAUGAAAUCCGGGUUCGGAGUUUCUGCAUUCAGGCAAAUUCCAGUUAAACUGAAUGUCUUGCUGUCAUACGAUGACAACUGAGGGUCAUGAAACGUGCAAUUUUUACUUCGGAUUUGAAGAUUCUAAAGUGUUCUGCAAGUUUGAGGUGAGCCUCUGUUCAUGACAUGUAGGAUGGAAUCCAAAGGAUCAGGAU